GUGUCAAGCUGCGUGUCUCUUUAACACCAGUCGGUGUUUUGGAAGUGUUGGACAUGAAUCUAUGCAGUUAGAGGUGGAUCAUGGUGGAUGUUCCCUUACUAACUCAUUUAUCUGAAACUACAGACUGUAGUUCAUCUUCCUGUCAGACAUCAUCUGCUUCAGAGGAUUCUGUUCCUGAAGGUUAUUUGAUCCUGACAUUCGAUAAAAAAAAGAAAGCUGUUUUAAAAACCGCUGUAUUUGCAGACGUCUCGGAUCCUAGGUUUGCGGAUGAUUAUGAAGAUGACGAUGAUGAUAACGAAUGUAACAAUAACGGUUGGCCACUUCAUGAAUCCAAAUUAAGUGUUCACCAACAAAAAAACGAUGGCCAAUUAGAAAACGAAGUUACUGAUGUCAAAGGUCUUUUGUCUAAACCGCUCGUUAUUUCUACUGAAACAACCGACAAAACUUCCUCUUAUACUUCAUGUUACGGUGAAGCUUUCUGGGUUGGUGAAGACGAGAUCAAUGUAAAACAAAAUACUACCAGUUCUUCUUGGGAUCUAUCACCGAAUAAUAAGACAACUCAAAGUUUAAUACGUACCAGUCCUUUGACAUGUGAUACUAACUUAGUAACUCCAAUUUCAACCUUACAAUCAUCUACUGAAAGUUGGCCUUUGAAUACACCUCAGUCAAAUACAACUCGACUAAUUGGCAAUUUCCCAUACCGCCGAGCUACCAUUCCAAUUAAUCAUCUUACUAGAAAACACAAUCAUAAUACUUUUUAUUCUCAUUUCCAGUCUAAAUGGCCUCGAGCAUUAUUUAAUGUUCAUUUAAGUGAUCAUUCCAAAAAAAUGCUCCGAUGUGAUCAAUGUGGCAAAUAUUAUCGUAAUGAUUAUAGUUUACAUCAUCAUAUUUGUUUAAAACGUAAAGAUGUCUGGAAGAAAGGUGAUGUACCGUCUGAAAUGAUCGAUGGUCAAGUGAUGUAUUUUUGUCCUAGUUGUCGUAAACCAUUCAAAUGGCUUGGUAAUCUUACACGACAUUUUUAUGUGCAUACAGGUCAGAGAUUUUUUCGAUGUGAUAUUUGUUCUAAAGAAUUCUUUUCUGCUUAUCAAGUUAAAAGACAUAUGAAUUCACAUACUGGUGUACGCUUCAAAUGUGAAGUAUGCGAGAAACCGUUCACAUGUAAAUAUGCAUGUGCUUGGCAUACUAGACAACAUUAUGCUUAUUCAUUGAAAUAACAAGUGUCAAGUUAUUAAUUUCUUUUUACCUCUCAUUCUUCCAACAACAAAAACUAAAUGGAUUUUCAACAACGAAUAUAGUAAAAUAACAUGCCUAACUAACUAUGUGUACUUUACUUUUUACGUUCCAAUGAGACAGAAAGAGACACAGAGAGAGAGAGAUAUUCCAACAAAUACACAUCUUGCACAAUGACUUAUUUUUUUACCUUAAUACAUUUUCAAUAUUAGCCAAUGUUUUUUUAAUAUCAGUUAUUUAUAAUCAGUAUAUAUUAUUACAUCACCUUGAUAAUUCAUGUGCCUUCAAUCUAUACAAAAUGUUCAUCAUCAUCACCAUCAUCAUCAGUGUCUUGGAAAAUUGUUUUUACUAAUAAUAAACCUGUAAAUUUGUUGUACAUCAUAUAUAUAUAUAUUUUCUAAUCACUGAAAGAUUGCUCAAUUCUACGUCUGCUGCUUCUUCGUCUUCUUUGUUCAAGACGUGUUUUUUGUUACAUACAUACAUCUCUCAGCUCUAAUAAAUUUUUUUUUUAAAAAUUAAAACGAACCAGUAUUCUUUUUUAUAUGAUGAUUUCGCCUUAUCACAACUUUGGUGAGUAAUCACUUCAUAAUAAACAAACAAACACUGUGUUAUGCCUGUGCUGUGCUGUGCUUUUACUAGCCAAAAUGUAAACACUCAAUUGUUGAGUAACAACUAUUUGUUUGUUUUUGUAACAAUUUUAUUUUUUUAUACAGUAUACAUAAUCUUUGAUAUACAUAUAUAUAUAGAGUAUUAUGAUUACAUAACAAAAGUGUGUGUGACAUUGGCUGCUGCCUUCCAAUAAUAAUAACAACACCAACACUUCGUGCCUCAAAUAUUCCAGUUUCCCUUUAUCAUUAUUAUUAACAAAUUCUGCUGUGCCUUGCUUUUUAUUAUUAUUAUUAUUAAUUAUUAUUAUUAUUAUUAUUAUUAUUAUUAUUACUAUUACUAUUCGGUUAUCGUAGUUGUUUGCCAGUGGGGUUUAUGUGUACUUGGUUUUUAUAUAUAUAUACAUAUACACAUAUUAUUGCCUUGUUUUUCAUAAUUCUUAUUAUUAUUAUUAAUUAACAAUCUCAGUUUAAGAAAAAAAGAAUUUUGUAGAAAAAUUGGUGAUUAUUAUUAUUAUUACUAUUUUUUGGUUUGUUUGUUUUCUUAUUGUUUAUUCUAACAAAAUUUUUAAUGAAUGAAUAUAUAUGGGAAAAAAAAUCUUUUUCUUUUUUUGUUGUUGUUAUUGUUAUUGUCGAAAUUCUCACUGUAUUAUCUAUCAUGUGCUCACAGUCAAUAAAUGAAUGUAUUGUAUUUUA